CCCGGGUGUUUUGAAAGAACUAUCAGUAUGGAAGAUAACGAGAUCAGUUAUAGUAAUGAAGAAGAACAAAAAUCUCUUCCACGAUUUCUGGAAGAGGAAGAAAAAGAUGACAAAUCUGGUCCGUUCUCUAAUGUGAAAAAACACUGGGAAGAAUACAAGCUUGAAGAAGAGUUGGCUGGUGGUGGCAAGGUGGGAGACACGGAUGCUUCUGAAGGAGAUCAAGACAAAUCUGAUUCUAGCAUGGAAAACUUGGAGCACUAUUUGGGUGAUAUUAAUAAUAUGCAGACUAUGAAGUAUACAGGUAUCCUACCCUUACAGAGAAACCUAAAAGAUCUCAACGACAUAGCCAAAGAAAAGGAACUUAUGGUACAAAAGGCCAGAGACAAGCUGACUACCUGUCAGCUGCGGAUCAAGAUGCUAGCAAAGCAGCUGGAGUAUGUAGACAUUGAAAUAGAGAAAGAGGAGGAGGCUGGCAAUGUCGCAGCCUUGUCCCGCCUUCAGGCAAUGCACAGACGACUGUGCACUGAAUUGGAGGAAGAGAAGGAUUUUGAGCUGAAAAUUGCUUUGACACUAAAAGAAAACACGCUUGAGAUGUGGCAAAUAGAAACUGAGCAGGGAAAAUAUGAAAUCUUCCAUGAACAACUUAAAAAAGAUGAGGAGGAGCUAGAGAUGCAAUACCAAGAACGAGCCAAAGAGCGGAUUUGGAAGGAAAAAAUAGCAGCACUGCGAGCAGAAGAAAAUCGGUGGUCUAGAGAAAAAAAAGAAGAGGAAGCCCAGAAACAAUAUGAAGAAAGGCAUAAAAAAAUGCGUGAAGAUGCCAAAAGGAACAAUGAAAAAGCAGUCCGCUUCCUGAGAAAAAGCAUGGCAAGAAUUCAUGAAAAAAAUGCAAAGGAAGAAGUGAAAACUCAGGAGCAUAUGGAGAGAAGGAUACAAGCUGUGCUUUCCCUGAAAAACAGCAUAACUUCCAAUAGGGAAAAACUCCGAGCUCUCCAGGUUUCGAAAAAAGCAAUGGCCUUGGAGGCAAAGAAGCAGGAGAUGAAAAUGAGGGAAGCUGUCCUAGCAGAAGGAGGCAAUGUUGCCAAGGAAAUUUUUCUCCAAAAGCGAUUGCUAGAGCAUGAAAAAAGGAAACAAGCUUGUAGAGAACAGCAGAAGUCAAGAAAAAUUGAGAUUGUAUCUCAAAUUUUGCAAGAAAAAGCUUCUGUUCACAAGCAGUUGUGGUGCUCUCCGUCAGCUUGUUCCUUAGCUGGUGGGAGAACUGCUUCUGUAGGAGAGGUUUCUGAAAAAAUACCCGAUGAUGUGCUCUGUGAAAGUGGUGAAGAUGAGAGAGACAAGGCCCUAGUGGAACCAGAGUUCCCAGGACUUUGGAGUCAGGAAUGUGACUUGCACAAGACUUUUCUACUUAGAGCUGUGGAUUCUAUGAUCACACUUACAGUCAUGGUGUUUUUUACUGAUGUCCCUUAUUAGAUAUCCAAAGAAGAAGGGGAUCCAAAGCAGCUGGCUACAACGGUAGUGAAAAAAGAAAUUUUUGAGAAAAAAAUGGAGGAAUUCCAAACGGGAAUUUUUCACAAGCAAAUAGUGUCUGGUCAUGAAGGGAAGGGAUGUACUUUCUAUAGUAAACCAAGUUGCAUUCAUUUCAAGGAUUUUGAUGUUGGUCAAAUCUACAAAAAGAAGAUAGUUUUGAUAAAUGCAUCCUACAGUGUUAAUUUCUGCAGACUAGUGGGAGUCAGUGAGAGGCUCAAGGACUUCAUCAGUAUUCAUUUUGACCCACCUGGCAAAAUGUCUGCUGGAAUGUCCUGUGAAAUCGUGGUAACAUUUAGGCCAAUGAUAAAUGAAACUCUGGAAGGAGAAGUCAUGUUUAUGGCACAGACAGGUUCUUUUUCUGUUCCAUUGAAAUGUACAGCCAAGAGAUGCAUUCUGGCACUAGAUAAAGAGCUCAUUGACUUUGGCAGCCAUGUGGUGGGAGAGACAAUUUCACGCACCAUCAACCUGACAAACAGUGGAGCUUUGGGAACAAGAUUCAGUGUUCAGACGUCAGCAGGUGACAGUAGUACAUGCAGAGCAACAGCAAAAUCUUCUCCUGGAAGAAUGGUUACUCGACAUUUCAGUGGCUGUGUCCCUGAACAGAAAGUAAGCAAUAGUCCUGUGACAUCUGUAGUUGAAAAGAAGGAACAAAUUUGUCCUGAUCAUAGUGAAAAAAUGACCUACUGUGUAGCCCCGCUGGAGCAGCAGAGGACUGGGAUAAGCCUGAGCAGUAGUUCUGCAGAACAAUUUGGUCAAGAUGUGUUAAACUCCAGAUUGGUUCUAGACACAGACAAUGCACAUAAUUUAGUGGAACUUUCUUCUGAAGAAACACCAGUCGAAAUUAUGCUUGGAAAGGUUACAGAAGGUGAAAUUGGACCCUUCAGCUCAGUCAAACUUCAGAUUGUAUUUGUCCCAGCUAUCCCUGGGGAUGUGCGGGCAGAGUUUGUGAUCAUGUUUGACGACUCAGACUGCAAACCACUGUGCUUUAGUGCCAUUGGAGUUUCUAUUGAUGUGCCAGUUUGGGUGCCCAAUCCCAACAUUGAUUUAAAGAUCUGUAUGUAUGACCGACUUUAUCAGGAUUGCAUUGUCAUUCAAAGCAGAGCAAAAGCUACCCUGCGUUUGAAGUUUGAAGUAUGCAAAGAAUUGAGUAAGCACAUGGAGCUGCUUCCAAAAACAGGUUACAUUCAAGCUCAGUCAUCCUUCAGUGUGCAACUGAAGUUUCUGCCCAGGCAUUCUCUUCCUGAAGAUGCAGGGAGUUAUUUUAAUGAAGAGACAAGAGUCCUGGAAGUUCCAGUGGCAAUACGGAUUGUGGAUAAGGCUAAAAAAGUUAAUUUUACUGUCCAUGCAAUUGUUACUACUUCUGAUUUGGAAAUCAGUCCAGCACAAAUCAAUUUUGGAUAUUGCACAAUCUAUGAAGCUGUGCAGGCAAACAUCGUGCUUACAAACAAAUCCAUUUUGCCACAAGAGUUUGGAUUUGUGGGACUUCCAGAAUUUGUUGAAGUUCAACCCAAUGAUGGAUUUGGAAUUCUUCUUCCCCUUGAAAGCCUGACAUUGGACAUAAUCUUUAAAGCUAACAAGGCAAAAGAGUACAGCUUUGAAAUAACCUGCAAGUCAGAGAUGAAUAGACAAUUCAAGCUGUCAUGCAAAGCAGUUGGAGUCCACCCACCUCUUGAAUUGUCUCAUUCCUUAGUUCAGUUUGCUGCCACAGCUUUAAAUGGUGUGUCUACAGCAACACUAUAUGUGAUGAAUUCCCAUGUGAGUGUCGACCACUUUACUCAUGCUGUCCCAAGAAUUGGCAAUGGGGAAGUUGCCCCUGUUGGACCCACUUCAUUUGAAUUCUGUGUGCCAGGAGACUGUCCAGUGACAAUUACACCUUCUGUUGGAACCGUGUUGCCUGGGAAGAAAAGCUUGAUUCAAGUGUCCUUCAGACCAACAUUGUCAGAUCAGCUAAUCAGAGAAGAGGCAAUUCGGAGGCUUUGCAGAGCAGCUGCGGCAGGGGCAGAAAUACAAUCAUUUUACAAUAUGUGUACCUCAGUGAGAAUUAACAUUGAUAGCAUGAGCAAUCUAGAAAUUUGUAUACUUCGAUGCAAAAUCUGUUCUGAUGCUUAUAUGGCAGCCCAGGCUUUUCUGAUGAGGAAUUUCAGUGGGAGAUUUGAAAAAUACAUCAUACCAUGCUUUGUUGCAAGCGGACAUAUCGACGAAAAGAAAGGCUCUGAAAACCUAAGCUGCAGCCCUUACAACACCUUGUAUUUGGAGUUGCACUGUCCAGCCGUAGCACCAUCUGUUGUGGUCACUUCAGAUAAUGGAAGAAACACAGUAAAUUUUGGUGAUGUUGCAGUAGGCCACAGAAUGAUGAAGCACAUUACAAUACAAAAUCUCUCCCCAGAGAAGCUGGCACUAGGAUUCUCAGUUCUGAAUCCCAGUGGUCCCUUCCUGUUGGUCAGACCAGUUGGAAUGCUUGAGCCAGGUGAAAGUAAAACCUUCCUCAUCUCUUUUUGUCCAAAUGAGAAUAAAUGGUUUUUUGAAAAGCUGGACAUCCAGGCGGCAAAAACCAAUCUAACCCUAAGUAUCACUGGUCACGGGGUGUUGCCAUCAAUUGUUUGCUCUGUGGAAGAAGUACUCAAUAUGGGAUAUGUCAUAGCCAGAGAGAAGGUGACUUCCACGUUCAAGAUACAGAACACUUCCACAUUGACCCUGCAAUACUCCAUACAACUAGAUUCUCUCUCACCAACGAGGGACAAAGAUCAGCAGAGACUUCCAUCCUUUAUUACGUCCUCUUUGCAAAGAACAGAGUUUGUCGGAACACAGAACUAUAAUGGCUUAAGUGUGUUCAGUGUCCUUCCAAUAGAAGGAGAAAUUGCUGCUGGGAAGAGUCAGGAUUUUAUUGUUACUUUCAGUCCUGAUCAUGAAAGUCUGUACUAUUCUGACCGUCUCACGGUUGUGCUCUUUGGCAAGAAAAUAGCCCAUGUGAUCCGCCUAAAGGGUGCAGCAAGAGAUCACCCAAUGUUUGUGGAAGGGGGAAUUCCACUAGAUGUGCCCAUUGAGUCCUUGGCUGUAACAUUACCUGUGUCGUCACUGGAAGCACUAAAAGGAGUUUACUUGAUUCGUAUUUGUUUAGAGCCACAAGAACCAGUGAAGUCCAUACUCCUCAUUCUGGAGUACAUCGAGGGAGAGAGUUCUCCAGUGCCAGCGAUGACAGAACUGAAAGUUGGAGCUAUACAGACGACUCAGUUUGCAUCUAAGAAGAACGUGGAGUUCAGUUUUGAUAGCCUGCCACUCUUGCAGCAGAAGGGAUUCACUAUCGAAUCUGUGAAGGGAACGAUUGAGCGUGGUCAAGUAAAAUGCAUCAGUGUUUCCUGGGUGCCACCUGCUGACUUUCAUGCCGAUGACCCUCUGCUUGUGACAGCCCUCCUGACCUUAAGAGGUGACGUUAAGGAAUCUUACCGAAUCCUCUUCAUGGCAAAAGUUGUGUCUGCACAUUCUGCCACUAA